AUGGCCUCCACGUAUUGGCCAUACCGUUCAACCUUAAUGCGCAGAGACGAGUCCUCACUUUGGUUUGUGCUCGAACAAUGUCAAGAAUGGCAAAGCCUUGAAGAUUUAGAAGAUGAUAUCCCCGGUGGCGGGGUAGCAGAAUUGCUCGUACUGCUGCAUGUGCAUCCUGAGCCUUUGACCGAACUUGGGACUCAGGUACAUGAGUCUCUGUUGCCGCCUCCUGGCGAAGCCGUAGACUACGACACUCUGUCUCGAGAGCUUGAAGAAAUUGAAGCUGAAGAGCGCAUGCAAGAUGAAGUUCCAGGUGAGGAGGUGAAAAUCAGUGAGCUUCCUGAAGCCCAGGAGCUGGCACCUAGGCCUCUUCCAGACAUGGAAGAGUCUCGUGCUCAGCCAGAGCGUGUUGAAGGUUCUAUCACCGUGGAUGGCAUCGAGCCUUCCUGCACCAGUGCCACUCAGGCCCUCAAGGCUGCGUGCGUCAAGUUUGGGUUAAGAACCUCUGGUAGCAAAACACGUUUGUUUCAGAGGCUGAAAGGCUAUCUUGAGAAGCAGCAACUUUCCUUGGCUGCCGAUUUGGCGCGUGAUGCACUGUCCGAACAAUCAAGGCAGCCUAAUGCUCAGAGCUUACCAUCUCCACCAUCGCGCGAGCAACAACUGAUCCACGAGAUCACGCACAUGCCCUACGCGGCAUGGUGCCCCCACUGUGUUUCUAUGCGUGCCAUGCCUGAUCGCUCUGAAGGCUUGGUUGAGGGCUAUGACCCAGAGUCAAAUGAGUUUCUAGCCGAGGAACCUAAGAGUGAGGAUGAUUUGCGUGGUCUUAUGUGCUGCCUCAUUGCACAUGAUAGUUCAACUGGUUCCGUGCUUGCAGUUCCUUGCGAGUCAAAGGCCAGCACCAGGCAUUUGGGAGUCGAGCUCAUGCGCUUCAUACAAGGCUUAGGGCAUGCCACUGUGCAAAUCAAGUGCGAUUCAGAGCCUGCCACUCUGAGCCUUCAGAAGGCCAUUGUUACAGCCAGACAGCGCUUGGGCUUGAAAACACUCGAACAGAAUCCUCCCAUUCAUCAUCACCAGUCAAACGGCGCAGUGGAGAAGGCAGUUGACCUGAUAAGAAGGUUGGCCAUGACCAUGGUUCAGUGUGUCAGGGAGAAGGCUGGAGUUGAGAUAACUGCCCAGCACCCCUUGUUUGCAUGGUCGUUUGCGCAUGCCUCAUGGACCAGGAAUCGUUUUGUAGUGCGAGGAGGCCUUACUUCAUACGAACGUUGCACUGGCAAUGCCUACACUGGAAAGCUAGUGGCUUUUGGAGAGCCAGUGUUUGCGGAGGUGAUCAUCAAACGUCCCAGCAAUCCUAGCCAGCAGCCAGUGAUUGGCCCGGCUACUCCCGUUGCAAGAAUCCGCAAUGUCACCUUUGGUGGUUCCACGUGUGCUCUGAAUGAUGAGGGCUACGAUGCAGACUAUGAAGAGUGGGUCGAUGCUGAGACCUUCUACGCCGUGCAAGGCGAUGACGAUGAUCCUGUUUCGGCAGCUUGGUACGAGGCAGGUGGUGCAAGCGCACUGUCGUUUGUUGAUCAGGGCAAGGGUGAACCUGUUCUAACAGAUUCAGAGUUGUACAAUCUGGACAGGCUUGCUGAUGACGUUGAAGUGAGCUGUCUUGUGGCCAAAGGGGUCAUGAGACAAGUACAGACUGGCGAAAGCACAGAGGGAAUGAAAUCCCUGUCUUCGAAGUUCGUUCGGAGCUGGCGUCAGAAGGAAAAGGACAACCGUCCUCAUUAUUUGCGCAGGUCAAGGCUUGUUGCGAGAGAGUUCAAGUGGCUUGAGGAAAGGCAGGGACUGUUUCCACCGGCUACAUCCACAAGCGUGGUUAGAUUACUUCCACUACUUUUCUUGAUUUGGCGGGCGGCGCGACCGGAGGUUCAGUACGGGAUAGCGUCCAUAGACGUCAAAGACGCUUUUCUUGAAGUACCCCAGCAGACACCUCUGGUGGCUAAUAUGCCCAGCGAUUUUGCUGGUAGUGGGCGGUACAUCUUUCUGCGAUGUGUGCCGGGUCAAAGGGACGGAUCACAACGAUGGUUUCAAUUCUAUGUGGACUACCUACGUGAUAACAUGAAAGUUGAGUCACGCCUUGAGAAUCCAGCCGUGAUGCGCACAGAGCAUGGGCCAAUGCUUCUUCACAUAGAUGAUGAUCUGGUGUUGGCUCCAGUUGCUUGGUUGAGAGAGACGCUAGUGCCGCUGCUCAAACAGCGAUUUGAGAUUUCUGUGACAAUUGCUGCAUUGCCUGGAGAUGUGUUCACAUUUCUCAAGAGAAAGCAUACAAUCCUGGAACAUGGCAUUUUGAUUGAGACACCGAGCUCUUACAUCAAGCACAUGGCUGACAUCCUUGGCAUCAAACAUGGUUCAAAUUACAACACACCUUAUUUGCCUGAGCUGAUUCGUCCGGACACCAGUGCUCCUCUGGAUCCUGGUCAGACAUCGAGGUUCCGCUCUGCAUUGGGAGUUGCACUGUAUGUUUCCUCAGACCGGUACGACAUUUGCUAUGCAGUUCGAGUCCUGGCAGGUUUCAUGGCUUCACCAACGGUCUUGGCGAUGAAAGGACUCCAUCGUUUGGUCAAGUACUUGAUGAACACUGCGGAGUAUGGGGUCAUGUUGCAACCAAAGAAGCCAGGAUCCACGUUGUUCUAUGAGAAUGAGCACGAGGAUGGAGAUCACUGCAUUGAGAUUUAUUCUGAUGCUGACUGGUCGGGCAACAGAGUUACACGUAAAAGCUAUGGGGCAGCCACAUUUGUCCUCAAUGGUGCAGCGUUUCAUCAUAUGCGCGGAUCACAUCGUACAGUUUCUCUUUCAAGCUGUGAGAACGAGUGGUGCGCUGCAGUGUCUGCUUCAUGUGAAGGUAUUUACUUGCGUGCUAUCUUCAGGUUUAUGGCGGACAGUCCAUGCAACCUACACCUCAAAGUUGACAACUCUGCAUGUCGGCAAUUGGCCUCGAAGGCAGGAUGCUCUGGUUGCAGCAAUCAGUCAAAGACAAGCUGUUGGAUAUUGGUGCAGUUGCAAGUGCUUUUUAAUCUGGGCGACUUGUCAACCAAGAUGCAUUCAUGUCACCGCCUGCGCUGUCUGCUGUUCAUGCACGGUUUUGUGGAUGUAUUCACGUGUGAACCAGUUGGAGCUGAUGAUCAUCAGAACUUGAUUUUGAAGCAGAAGUUCAGUGCUAGCUUGAAGCAGGUGAAAAGUGAUUUGUGCAAACAGCAUCACUGGAACCGUGUGCCAGGUGGAUCUGUGAAUCGCAUGGCCAAGCAAAUCGCUAUGCUUACUUUGCUGCUUAUGCCUAUGGGUGCCGACGCAGUCGUGAACGUGCCUCGCCGCAAUGAAACACCGACUUACCUGUUCUGGCUUGCUAUGAUCAUGAUGUUGGUCAUUGUUUUCAUUCGGGCCUUGAGCUGGAUCCGUGGAUACGGUGUUGAUUUCAAUCGCAUUGCUGAUGCGAGUUUUGAAGAACUGCUGGGAGUGCUGAUUACUGGAGCUGUGAUGUGGGCCGAAUCAUUCAGCUUGGAGAGCUGUGUGAUUGCCAUUGCUAUCGUUGCACUUCUUAUGCAGCAAC